UCUGGUCUUUUCUCAAACUGAAGUUUGUCUGAAAAAUGGCAACACGAGUCUUUUUGCGUUCUGACGAGGAGUUUAUGAAGGACAGUGAGAAGGACAUUGCAUCUCUAUACCUUAACAGCCCAGAGUCCCUGGGUAAAGGCAUCCAAGAUAAAGACAGAGAUCUCCUGAAGAAGAAAUCUGGACUUGAAGGUCUUCGAGGUGUCAAUUUGCCAGAUAAGUUUAAGUGGAAUCUUGGCUACACAACAGAAAAUGGCAUUCAGGAGAGCAUCACACAACGGGACCCCCAGCUAGCCCUCAGGUCUACGGAGAAGGUACAGGAUGUGCGGAGGUCCACAGAAGCUCUGUAUAAUGAUCUUCUUGAAGAAUACAGACAGCUGCCCUCUCCAGUUCGGUCUUCACUCCGAUCUCCAGGGAAAUCUCCCACUCGGCUCAAGGAGGGCUUCAGGGUGACAUUCGCAGACAACACCACUUUGGACUCGGCCUCUAAUGGUAAUGUGAAGCCAGCCUGGACAUCUACAGCUCAGACUUCUGUGUCCAAUGGAACAGAACGCACCUUUGCUUCCAGAGAGUCUCAGACUGCAAAGUCUGCAAAGACGGCCGAUACUGAUGAGAAGACAAAUAAUUUGAAGGGUGGUUUGCUGCUUGAGAAGCCCUACCAAACACCCUUCACUAAUCUUCUCAAGAGUCAGAUCAACAAGACUGAUGCUGAGGUGGAUGCAGACAAGGCAAAGAACCUGGAACCAGGCCUAUCCUCCAAGUACCUGGAUCCUACUCCUACCUACUGUGCUGAUCGGGUGUCCUCUCAUAAGGGCCUGGGUGACAGAUUCUCCUCAUCUCCUCUCACCUCCUUCACUUUUCCUUCCACCGAGGAACUCCUUAAGAAACCUUUGACUUGGUCCCAAGAGAAAACACAAAGGACUCGUCCUCAGUACCAUUCAUCCAGUUCAUCUAUACGGAGAACUGGCAGUUUGAACAGCCUGCUGAUGAAGCUGGAGCAGCGAGCACCUGUGGUGGAGGUUUCAGAGAGUCUGGGUAACCCGGCGCCACACAGCACCAGCCCACUUCCUAUUUCAAAUAUCCUUUCAGUGUUGAAGCAACUCCUAGACCUUGUUGACCGCCACUGGAAUGGCUCCAAAUCACUGCACCAGAAUCACGAGUUCUUGACUCCAGCACAUGAUUUGCUGGCAGGACUGAGCACCUCAGCAAGUGUAGAUUCUCAGCAAAUAAAGAAGCUGGAGCAGAAGAUCCAAGAACUGACUGAAGAGAACAGGUCUCUGAAGAGCCGACCCAGUAUGAUGCUCAAUUCACUGGAGCUGCAAAAAGUUAGGCUGCAGCUGACAGAGACCGAGGAUGACCUGGAAGCCCUGAAGACAAGAUUAGCUGAUGUGGUGCAAGAAAAUAACAAUCUGAGGAUGAAGAUAAUGAAGACAGAAUUGAAUUCCUCAUCCUCCCUGCUCUCUCCUGGAAUGGGUACUUCCCAGAAGAUGACAGAUCUAAGUGUCAGUCAGCAAAUAAAGCAUUUUGGCAGACUGGAGGAAGCCAUGAACAUGCUGCGGGAGAGCCACAGGUCCUUGGUUUCCACAAAUGAGUAUUUACUCCAGCGGCUUAGCAAAAGUGGGGAGCCAGCCAGUCACCCUCUUGAUGACUUCUCUUCCAAAGCCAUUGCGUCUCGACGUGCCACAGGGUCACCCCCUCUGACGUCUGCUGCACGAGUCAAUCAGUACAGCCGGCUCAGCACAUGCCCCAUUUGACUCAAUUACACCUGAUUUCAGUCUUGAAGACAAACCGAACCUCCAGACAAGACUUGGUCAACGCAUUUAGUACCAUAAGCAUUUAAAGAGAUUGCAAAGGGAGCAGAAUUACCUCCAGCCUUCCAGCUUGAGCCUCUGUGACUUUGGAUGUGCCCUCAUGUGUCCUUCAAGCAUUGCUCUCCGACUGACCACCACAAAGGUCAUACUGCAGUGGGAUUUCUGAUUGUACCUCCAUGCUUAUCAAGGAGGAUGAGGACGUCACUGAACACAGAAUAUUGAAAGGUUGAUAAGCAGGUUAAGACCACCCAAGCUUGACCGUUCAUUUACAUUCCAGAAUUUCUGAAUGCAUGUCCUUUGAAAGACUCAGUAAACGGCACACCAGGGAGGGUGGGCUGCCUGGACACGGAGUUGGAUGCAGUCUUGCAGUGACUGCCUUUACAUCAGGAGUCAUUCAAUGGCUGAAUUUUCAGAGCGGAUUUCUGGUCCUGGUCUUGGAGGAGCCACUGAA